UGACGUGCAGAGAGGGAGAGAGAUGUUAGAGCAUCACCAACACUAAGCCCAGCAUGAUGUGAAACGCUUCUCACCAUAUACGUGUGUGGCGGGUUUAAGAGGUUCGUCUGACUUCAGCAAACCUCUCUGUGAUGAGAUAAAGGCUGUUGAACAUUUGCUUGGGAAGAACUGAAGAACGCGCUUCACAGGCACGUCUCAGCGCAGCUCCUGUUUUCUGCAGUGUGUCCCCUCUGCUGCUGAUGUGAAAGAUGAGUUUGUGUGGCAGGAAGGCACUGACACUCCUCAGCAGUGUGUUUGCUGUGUGUAGUCUGGGGCUGCUGGGUAUUGCUGUCAGCACCGACUACUGGCUCUACCUGGAGGAGGGGGUCAUAUUGCCUCUCAAUCAGAGCACUGAGAUCCGUAUGUCUCUCCAUUCAGGUCUCUGGAGGGUCUGUUUCCUUGCAGAGUCACCAGCUCCAGCAACAGUGUUACCAACUGGUAAAUCAGGAGAGGAGAAGGGGCGCUGCUUCACUAUAGAGUAUAUAAUGCCUAUGAAUGUUCAGAUGACGUCAGAGUCUACGGCCAGCGUUCUGAAAAUGAUUCGCUCAGCUACUCCUUUCCCGCUGGUCAGUCUGUUCUUCAUGUUCAUUGGCUUUGUGCUGAGUAAUAUUGGACACAUCCGCCCUCAACGCACUAUUCUGGCCUUCAUCUCUGGAAUCUUCUUUAUCCUGUCAGGUCUGUCCCUGGUGGUGGGUCUGGUCUUGUAUAUAUCCAGUAUUAAUGAUGAGAUGCUAAACAGAACAAAAACGAAUGAAGCUUAUUUCAGUUACAAAUAUGGAUGGUCUUUUGCUUUUGCUGCAGUCUCCUUCCUGCUUACUGAGGCGGCAGGUGUAAUGUCUGUCUACCUGUUUAUGAAACGGUACACUGCAGAGGAGAUGUACAGGCCACAUCCAGGUUUCUACCGACCUCGCCUCAGCAACUGUUCUGACUAUUCUGGCCAGUUCCUGCAUCCAGAUGCCUGGGCUCGUGGGCGCAGCCCCUCAGACUUCUCCAGUGAAGCAUCUCUCCAGAUGAAUUCAAACUACCCUGCCCUUCUCAAAUGUCCUGACUAUGAUCAGAUGUCCUCAUCGCCAUGUUGAGAUUGAAAAUACACAAUAGUGAAAUCUGAGAAGAAAAGAGCUCUAACUAGUUCUUAAAGAUGCUGUACCGGAAUGGCUUUGGCACCAAAGAUCAUGUUGUGUUAUGGACAGAGGAUAAAUGUUAUUUCCUUGUCUUUGAGAGCCUUCAGUACUAAUGCAGUGAUUCUGAGUUUAAUACAUCAAUUGAUGGUAUCAUUUUCUGUUAUUUGUAGUGUACCACACUGAUGUGUAGCUAAUAGUACCUCUGCCUUUUUCUUAAAGAAAAAAGUUUUAUUAGAGUAAUUCCAUUCAAACAGUCAGUUGGUUUCUUAGUAGAAUUUUAAUCAGAACUGCAGCUUUAAUUGAAAACAGAUGUAUGUUGUAUAGAAAAAUAGAGAACUAGAAAUUAUGGUAUAAAACAAGUAUUCAAAUGAUUAUAUUUAAAGAUUCAUCAUGGCCAUUAAAGCACAUGCUCGAUGAGAAGAUACAUGCUAAUGUGACUCACCAUUAAACUGGUUUCUGCCUUUAUGCACUUUAAGUAACCAUAACACAAAGCUUAAAAAUAUUGACAGUUUAUAUUACUAUGUGUUGUGGUGUCACUGGUGGUGAGACUAGCUGUGGUCUUUUGAUUAAGAGGCAUUUUGUGUAUGAUAUGAAUGUUAAUAUUAUUUAUUUUUUUAUUUUAUGUUUAUUUUUAUUUAUUUAUUUAUUUAUAGUGCUUUACAUUCUGAACUAAUCGGAACUAAUCAGAAGAUCAACACAUCAGUGAUGCAAAGACAAAAAUUGUUUUGAUUUUUACAAGAAAAACAUUCUGUUAUUAUUGAU